GUCUUCUCUCUUCCUCAUCUGACAUUUUACUUCUCUUCUUUGUCUCCAUCUCGAUAUCAUCACGAGCUCCCGAGAAAUAUCAAUCUACUACCUUCAAUACCGUUUCCCUUAACUUAUCUUUUACAUACCUUACAUUUUCACCAUGACUGUCACGCUCGUCAAUAAAACCAUCGGCCCGAUCGGGUUUGGUCUCAUGGGCCUUACCUGGCGCGCCAACCCCACUCCAUAUGACGAGGCCGUCAAAGUCAUGAAGCGUGCGCUGGACCUCGGGGCCAAUUUCUGGAAUGCCGGAGAAUUCUACGGUCCUCCACAUGCCAACUCCCUACAGCUACUAGACUACUACUUCACCAAAUAUCCCGAAGAUAGCAGCAAAGUAGUCCUCAGCGUCAAGGGCGGUCUGGGCGCCAAAGGUCCCGACGGCACCCCCGAAGGCAUCCGCGCCAGCAUCGAUAACUGCUUGAAACUCCUUAACGGCAAAGUGUUUAUCAGUAUCUUCGAACCCGCGCGAGUCGACCCCAACACACCCAUUGAAACCACCAUCGGCGUGAUAGCCGACUACGUUAAGGCCGGGAAGAUUGGCGGCAUCGGUAUCAGUGAAUGUAGUGAGCAGACAGUGCGUCGGGCUCAUGCUGUACAUCCGCUGGCUGCUGUGGAGGUUGAGUUGUCUCUGUUUUCUACAGAGCCUUUGGAGAACGGAGUUGCUGCUGCCUGUAAGGAAUUGAAUGUUCCGCUGGUAGCAUACUCUCCAUUGUCUAGAGGAUGGUUGACAGGACAACUACGCUCGUUGGAUGAUCUGCCUGCCAAUGACUCUCGGCGUAACUACCCUCGAUUCCAGCCAGAUGUGUUUCAUCUCAAUCUGAAGUUGGUGGAGCAGUUGGAGCAGAUUGCUAAGAAGAAGAAUGUGACGCUAGCACAGACUGCUAUUGCCUGGGUGAGGGGCCAGAAUAAGCUACCCGGCAAUCCGGUGAUUAUUCCUAUUCCCGGAUGCACUACGGUCGAGAGGGUGGAGGAGAACCUGGCUGAUGUAGAAUUGUCGGAAUCCGAGGUGAAGGAGAUUGCUGCCAUUCUGAAGGAAAUCCCGGUUCAUGGUGAUCGGUAUGGAGGAGCACUCGCCCGGUUCAUGAAUCUGUAGAUGCUUAGAAGAUUGUCUCGGCUGGGAACACAUCGCUAGAAAUCCAAUCUGUCGGGCAUUUCCAGAUGGUCCUGUAUCAUGAUGAUAUAUAUUUCCGCCAAGGGUCAGGUGGAGCAUUGCCCCUGAGGUGACCACGCAGACAAAUGUAACAAUGUUGAUGUUGAGGGCACAUCCUAGGCGAUAAUUGUAGGUUAAUACUCCCUUUCGCCUAACAAUAUCAGACAUGAUGCACG